AUUCAAAAAUAUUUGAAAUAUUAAUAAAAAUUAUUAAUGAUAAUAUCGAAAACGACAAGCUUUACGAAGCAUACAAGACCCUUAAGCAGCCUCUUGUUGGUGAGACCAAUACAUGCAAUGAAGUGCUUAAUUCAAAAAAACAGCAAAAAACCUGGAAAUCACGAAGGAAUGGAAAAUUAGCUUUUUGGCUACGAUAA